ACACACACACACACAAACACAUAACUGAACACAAACAAAAACAGUCACAUGAUUACUAUGUUUCAAUCCAAACCCAGAACCCUCUUUUCACCAAUUUUGUCACUUUUUUUCUUAUUCUUCUUCUUGUUAAUUACCUUUGCUUCUAAAAUCAAACAUCAUGAUAAUAAUCUUCACAAUCAUGAUGAAUCACUCACAUAUCUAUGGCCACUCCCUUCACAAUUCACUUCAGGAAAUCACUCUCUCUCCGUUGACCCUUCACUCACUGUUUCAGUCAUUGGAAAUGGUGGUGUUGCUGAUUUUCCAACUCUUAAUUUCGCUUUUGAUAGAUAUAAAGAGAUCAUUUUUAAGCAUACUGGUUAUGGAUUUGGUAAAGGGUUGGUUAGAAAGUUAAGAGAAAGGAUUGGUGUUGGUGUUGUUUCUUCUUAUAAUAUUGUUAUUUUGAAUAUCAUUGUACAUUCAAAUAUUGAGGAGCUUAAACUUGGCGUGGAUGAAAGCUAUACCUUAAAAAUUUCUACAGCCAAUGAGUCUUCUGUUGCUGGGGAUGCUACCAUUGAGGCAAAUACUGUUUUUGGUGCAUUGCGUGGAUUAGAGACAUUCAGCCAGCUUUGUUCUUUUGAUUAUACAACUAAAACAGUAAAAAUAAACAAUGCACCUUGGUCCAUCCAAGAUAAACCUAGAUUUGCAUACCGCGGUCUUAUGUUAGAUACAUCGAGGCACUACUUACCAAUCAAUGUAAUUAAGCAAGUUAUUGAAUCUAUGUCCUAUGCCAAACUUAAUGUUCUACAUUGGCACAUCAUAGACGAACAGUCGUUUCCUCUCGAGAUACCUACAUAUCCAAAUUUAUGGAAAGGUUCAUAUACAAAGUGGGAGCGUUACACAGUAGAGGAGGCAUAUGAAAUUGUGAACUUUGCCAAACUGAGAGGCAUAAAUGUGAUGGCAGAAAUAGACGUUCCUGGGCAUGCAGAGUCAUGGGGUGCUGGGUAUCCUGACCUUUGGCCAUCACCUUCCUGCCGGGAGCCACUAGAUGUUUCAAAGAAUUAUACUUUUGAUGUCAUUUCCGGUAUUCUGUCAGAUAUGAGAAAGAUUUUCCCGUUUGAGCUAUUUCACCUGGGUGGUGAUGAAGUUAAUACAGAUUGCUGGAGAAAUACUCCUCAUGUAAAGGAAUGGCUUCAGAAACACAACAUGACUACUAAAGAUGCCUAUGAAUACUUUGUACUGAAGGCUCAAGAGAUAGCCCUUUCAAAAAAUUGGAGUCCAGUGAACUGGGAAGAAACCUUCAACACAUUUCCAUCAAAGCUUCAUCCUGAAACAAUAGUGCAUAACUGGUUGGGCCCUGGUGUUUGUCCAAAGGCUGUUGCAAAGGGUUUCAGAUGCAUUUUCAGUAACCAAGGUGUCUGGUAUCUUGACCAUCUCGAUGUGCCUUGGGAUGAGGUCUAUACUGCCGAGCCACUAGAAGGUAUAGAGAAAGAUGAAGAAAAAAAGCUUGUACUUGGAGGAGAAGUUUGUAUGUGGGGUGAGACAGCUGAUGCAUCUGAUGUUCAGCAAACAAUUUGGCCUCGAGCUGCCGCAGCUGCAGAACGCUUGUGGAGUCCGAUAGAUUCCACUUCUGCACAAAAUGUUACCUUAACGGCAUUGCCGCGGCUUCAACACUUCAGAUGUCUAUUAAAUGGACGAGGGGUUCCGGCUGCUCCUGUGACAAACUAUUAUGGUAGAAGGGCACCUGAUGGUCCAGGCUCAUGCUAUGACCAAUAAUCUGUAUCAUUAUCAUGUUUUAUCUGUCUUUGUGUAGCUUGUUGUAAAAGUAACUAGUAUAUGUCUACUUUGCUUCGUUGAUGAGCUCAAAUUUUCAUUUGGUGCUCAACUGCUUGGCAACAGUCAUAUUGUAAUGCUUAUUGUAAUAUUAAUAUCUUAAGAAAUGAAUUCAAACUUUCAAA